AGGGCUUGACGAACGGCUUUUCCCAUUGAGCUCUCUGUCGCUUGGUCGUGAAGAGAAGUGAGUACCAGGGGUUUUGCGCGAUCGCGAUCAAAGCUGCGAUAUUUCGAAGGCGCCGCAUUGCCGGAUUUGCUGAUCCAUCAGCGGCCUCGAGGAAUCGAGGUAUCGUAUGUGACAGAUCCAGGCGGGGGCCUGAAGCUCAAGCUGCGCGUCGAUGGAUCUCCUCUAGAAGCUACAUUCUUGCCAGAUCCAUGAUUUCCGAGGAGUGAUUCUUUAUUGGUAAAGAGUGUGGGAGAAGCUCCAGAUUUGGUGACCGAUCCGGCAGACCCAGGCGUAUACUCCACUCUUGUUAGCUGGGAAUCGAUGAUUGCGGUCUACGGGCUAGAAAUUUCGGGCGUGGAAAGGCUCGAGGCUGGAAUUUGAUCCAUGAGAGAAAGGACGCCGCCAAUGCCGUCGCAAGGCGAGUUUAAUGGCUCGGUGUUCGUGUUCCCGGACGACUACGCUCACGCCAGUCGCAGUGACGCUACCGGAGCUGCAAAGAAGGAGUCGAGCGUGGUGUCUAGAAAAGCGGAAGAAUCGGCGAAUAGAAGAUACUUGGCGGCUUUGUGGAUGGAAGAAGUUGUCGGUCCUCUACAUCUUUCGGUGGAGCCUUCCGAGGAGGAGUUUGGUCGCUGCUUGCGCAAUGGAAUUUCUCUGUGCAAACUAGUUAACAGUGUGCAGCCUGGAUCCGUCUCACGGGUUGUCGAGAGCUGUUCUUCCAGUCCGGCGGAUGGAGCCCUUUCUGCUUAUCAGUAUUUUGAGAACGUCCGGAAUUUUCUUGUCGCAAUGGAGGACCUCAGUAUACCGACGUUUGAUGCCUCUGACUUAGAGGAGGCUAGUUUUGGAGGAGGCUCCGUUGCUAGAGUUGUUGACUGCAUCUUGGGUUUAAAAUUGUAUCACGAGUGGAAGGGAAGAGGAGGCCAGGGUCAGUGGAAGCACAGCUCGAAACAGAAGAGCCUGCUCACAUUAUCGUUGGAGGAAGGGGAGAAAUGCUCCUCGCUCACAAAGUCGAGGUCUUUUAGUGGGAAGAGUGGUCGUAAACGCUGCGUACUUCCGGAACUUGACUUUCUUGGCGAAACGCAGCUACUCUUUCCUGAUGAGCCUCCCGAAUUUCAAGCAUCGCGUCAAAAUUACGGAGGACAACCAGCUUACGCAGAAAAUCUAAAUGCGCCAUCAGAUAUUUCAAAGCAGACGGCCUCCGGAUUGGAAAACCGAGAUUGGCAAUCAAGCAUUUUUGAGUCGUUUGAUGGUAUCGAGAAUCAAUCACCAGCACUGUUGUCCAACACGAUCAGAUCUCUUUUGAGUCAGAAACAACCGGAUGAGAUUCCUAUGGUUGUAGAGUUCAUGCUGCAGAAGAUAAUGGAGGACUAUAGACGUCGUUUUUAUGCUCAAAAUCUCCAAUUGAAGAAGUUGAAAAAUGCGCUGAAAGAAGCUUCAGGCCGAGGAAGUAAGUUUACCAUGGACAUAGAGCAUGGGCCUCAAAAUGAUGACAAGAUCAUGUAUGACCAGUUUAAGCUCAUCAAGGAUUUGAAAAAUGCAUGGCACAAAACGAAGCAAGACGUUUUGGCAAUGCGGAGAGAUUGGAAUCUGGAAGUAGCACACCUGGAAUCACACAUCAAGGGACUAGCUGCUGCAGCAUCAGGAUACCAAAAAGUGCUUCUAGAAAACCGCAAACUUUAUAAUGAAGUGCAAGAUCUUAAAGGAAGCAUACGAGUUUACUGUCGUGUGAGACCCUUACUAAGCGGUGAUCUAUCACGAAGAACUACAGUGGAGUUCAUAGGUGAAAACGGCGAUGUAAUGAUAUCAAAUCCAAAAAGGCAGGGCAAGGAUGCUUGUCGGACUUUCAAGUUUAACAAGGUUUUCAGUACUUCUGCUUCUCAAGAACAAGUAUUCCUGGAUACUCAGCCAUUGAUACGGUCAGUUCUUGAUGGUUACAACGUGUGUAUUUUUGCGUAUGGUCAAACAGGCUCGGGAAAAACGUACACCAUGAGUGGUCCUUCAAACGCAACAGAAGAUCUCUGGGGCGUCAACUAUCGAGCUUUAAACGAUCUCUUCUAUAUAUCUCAGAGCAGAAGAAAUGUAUGUAAAUAUGAUAUCGGCGUACAGAUGGUUGAAAUCUACAACGAACAAAUCCGGGACCUCCUUGCUUCAGACGGGCCUACGAAAAAGUUAGAGAUUCGAAACAGUUGUCACCAAAACGGUCUCAACGUGCCCAAUGCGAGUAUGCUGGCUGUAACUUCUACUGUCGACGUUUUGGAACUUAUGAAAUCUGGGGAGAAAAAUCGUGCUAUUGGUGCUACAGCUCUAAAUGAACGUAGUAGUCGUUCCCACAGUGUUUUGACUAUCCAUGUUCAGGGUAAAGAUCUAGUGACUGGCACUAUACUCCGUGGAUGUCUGCACCUAAUUGAUCUUGCGGGAAGCGAGCGGGUUAACAAGUCCGAAGCAACUGGGGACAGAUUAAAAGAAGCGCAGCACAUCAACAAAUCCCUGUCAGCGCUUGGAGAUGUCAUCUCGGCGUUGAGCCAGAAAAACGGUCAUGUUCCUUAUCGAAACAGCAAAUUGACUCAGUUGUUGCAAGACUCUUUAGGCGGCCAAGCCAAAACGCUUAUGUUUGUGCAUAUAAACCCAGACGCGGACUCCUUUGGCGAGACAAUGAGCACCUUAAAGUUUGCAGAAAGAGUGGCGUCGAUCGAACUUGGAGCUGCUCGCUCUAACAAAGAGACCGGUGAAUUACAAGAUCUAAAAGAGCAAAUCAUGAUUUUGAAGGACUCCUUGUCCAAGAAAGAUGCUGACCUUGACAAACUGCUUCUUUUGCGCAAUGUAAAGGAAUCAACGUUGGCUCUGGAAAAGCAGAGGCACGAGCCUAAGAUUAGGAAGCAAUUUACGGAUACGUUCAAAGCUAGAGAGAACUCUCCAGUUCGCGAUCGUGCGAGACGCUUAUCACCGCCUGGGAACACCUUUGGUUUUGAACUCGACAGAGUAUCGUCUCCUUCUAAAGGUGACAUGGCCACUGAACAGCAGAAACGAAAGGGUAUAAAACCGAAACUGCUGACGUCUCCAAAGCCUCCUUACGAGGAUUUUGCGCCGAAGUCACCAUACCGAGAAAGAUAUCACAAGUCCAGGAACUCUCAAAGUAAAACGAGGGGCUCCAGUGUGUUCUUGGUCGAAUCACCUCCGUGUUUGGAGGAGAGGCGAAAGUCUCCGGAUGUGGAUGGAUUCAUAAAUACGGAGGCAGAGCUCUCACGGGACUCCCCGGUUCUGUGCUCUCUGGCGUUCGACCCGGCUGUGGAAGAGCCGAGCAUAUCUUACAGCACCGCAAACAAUGAGCAGUAUUCGUGUAACGAUCCGAGCUUACCAGCCGUUACUGUUGUUGAUCAUCAGUCGGCAACGAGUAGUUCAGACUUGAAGGACACAUGCUCAGACGUGGUUGUGACGGACAUGCCACCCAGUGAUUGUGAGGCUGACAAGAUCCAAAGAAGCGAGACAGUAGAAGAAAGAGUGGAGACCAUAUCUGAGACGGUAUAUGAGACUCAAACACCACAGUUGCAGAGAGUUGACGAGCAGCCGAGAGAAGAAAAACGGUCACAGAAUCGGUCUCGGACUGGUUCUACAAGGAGUCGAAAAGGUCAGUCAGUCUCUUGCGUGCGACGUCGAUCCACCAUAGUUACCUCGAGAACAGAGCCCCCAAUCAUCCGGAGGAGCUCAAGCUCAAUUCCAUUGUCAGCAAGGCAUACAACACUUGAAUGUCAUGGCCAUGGAAAGCAAGCAUUUUCCCGGCAGCUGCUUUCUAUUGAAACUGGAAUUUCUCCCAAAGCUUCCAAAAGAUACCCUUGGAUGGUGAAGCAAAUCAAGCUUAGUGCGAUGAUUGCGUGAUCGAAGAGAAAGAGCGAGGCCUCUUGAGCAGCGUGAUGGUUCUCACUUUUUAAGGCGGAGGCCAUUUUUCCAGGCAGCUAGGAAGGCAUUAAUUUUCACGACAAAUGUAACAUAUCUGUACACUGAAAAUUCGGAGAUGUUAAAUGUGAAUCUUCACGAUUUUGAGUC